GCAGUUUGCUUCCGAUAUUCAACCAUUUACUAAGAUAAAGUCACCCAAAACUGUUCAAUUGGCAAAAAAUAAUGUGCUUAUAAUUGAAUUAUUUGAAGUACGGAUUACUUAAGUUUAGAUGGAAGAAAGAAAAUAUUAUUACAAAAGUCUCAAAAUGGAGAAUUCAAAAACGAAGCAGUUAAUUAUUAUGGCUUGCAUUAGCGUAGGCCAGCUAAUAGUAGGAUGGAGUGUUGGCUGGUCAGCACCAAUACUUCCCAAGCUCCAAGACUUGGAGACCAGCCCCUUGGAUAUAAUACCAACAGAUUUGCAGAUCUCAUCAAUAGGAUCCUUACUGUAUAUUGGCUCAGUUGUGGGACCUUACGUAACCAGUAUCCUAUCAAACAUGGUGGGUAGAAAACCAUGUCUAAUCAUCGGUGGAGUUCUGAACGUCAUCGCCUAUAUUCUGGUGGUCACCACGACAAACAUCGCCAUGAUAUACGCCGUCAGGAUCGUCAGUGGUCUAGGCAUGGGGAUCACUAUAGUCUGCAAUAUUGUUUAUGUUGGUGAAAUUGCCUCCACUAACAUUCGAGGAAUCCUAUUAACAUCGACAUCCAUAAUGGGCAUCACUGGUACUCUACUUGUCUAUGCCAUAGGUCCCUUUGUGUCAUACGUAGGGACGGGAUACAUAGCACUAGGGAUGUGCUUGGUCCAUUUACUGAGCAUCAUAUUUUUGGUGCCUGAAUCACCUGUGUAUUAUGCCAUGAAAGAUGAUGACAUCAAAGCCGCAAAAAUCCUGAACAUGCUAGGCCGAAGUGGAGACAUAGAAAAAGUUAUAGACACCUACGCAAAGCCCAAGGGGGAAACUUCCAGCAAGAUCAAAGACUGGGUCGAGAUUUUUACCAUCAAGUCUAACCGAUGGUCUUUGUUCAUUACGUUUAUGUUGGGAGCAUUUCAGCAGACCAGUGGAGUGGCAGUUGUUCUGUUCUUCUCGACUAAUAUAUUUGAGUUAGCUGGGUCUUCUAUAAAGCCUGAUUUAGCUACUAUUAUCAUUGGAGUGACGAGGUUGCUCUCCAGUUUCAUAGCUCCUUUGUUGAUUGAGAGUAAAGGAAGAAGGAUCUUGCUGCUGAUUUCUAUGGCUGCUUGCGCUUUUAGUUUGUCUAUUCUGGGAGUGUACUUUCAUCUGGAUAGGAUAGAAAGUCCUGUGUUACCUUCUAUUGGCUGGCUGCCUCUGGUCUCUCUUAUAAUCUACUUCUUCUGUUAUGAAGCAGGUUUCGGCACAAUCCCCAACGCCAUAGUUGGCGAGAUGUUCCGAGCCAACGUGCGCUCCAAUGGGUCUGCUCUCGCCAUCACCAUGACAUGGCUGGUAGGCUUCGGACUCACCACCAGUUUCACAACCAUGGUGGACGUCCUCGGAGGAGAUGUGACAUUCUGGCUGUUCGGAGGAUCGUGUAUCCUAGCCUUUAUGUUCACUUUCUUCUGUCUGCCGGAGACGAAGGGAAAAACGUUGCAUGAAAUUCAAGAGAUGUUGAGUUGAUUUUAAGAUAAGUUUAAGCUGCUGUAGUGGUUUGACUCGUGUCGUGUGUUAACUUGUACAGGCAUCUGGAUAAAAAGUAGUCCAACCACUUAUGAUAAAUGGGCUAUCUAACAUUGGAAGAGUUUUUAAAGCGGUCCAGUUUCAAGCAGACAAACUCAGCCAGAAUCAGUAUCAGUUUAUGCGGUUUCACCCACAUCCUACGGGAUUCUGCACGAACCCGGAUAAAAAGCCUAUGUAGCCUAUAGUCUUUCUUGAUAAAUGGGCUAUCUAACACUGAAAAAAAUUUUAUAAUCGGUUCUGUAGUUUCUGAUUAGCGCGUUCAAGCAAACCAACUCUUCAGCUUUAUAAUAUUAGUGUAGAUAGAAAAAGAUCGAUGUGAUGAUAGAGUGAAAUUGACGUCAUGAAUGUAUUUAUUAGUUAAACUAUCAAUAUUGCAUUUAAUUAUAUUAGUGUUAGUUUUAAAUCAAUUCAUGUAAAUAGUUUGUUUGAAAUAGUAUCUGUAAAUAAUGAUUUAUUUAAUUUUAAAAUAUUUGUGUGAGUUUGGAUGAUAGAUUUGCAUAA